ACUUAACGGAGUUGGGAAUUAGCAGCAAACGCCACAAUGCCGUCCAAGCCUGCCCCCAUCAAGAAGGCGGCGAAGCCAGCCAAGAAGGAGGAGGCUGCGGAGCCCGCUGCCGCCGAGGCCGCCCCGGCUGAAGCAGCACCAGCGGAGGCAGCACCGGCCGAAGCCGCCCCGGCCCCCGCUGAGGGCGAGGCUGCACCUGCUGAGGCCGCCCCUGCCGAGGAAGAGGCCGCCGCUGCUCCGCCAGCUGAGGAGCCCAAACCCCCCACCCCUCCACCCGCAGAAGCUGCCGAGCCCGCUGCAGAGGAAGCCGCCGCCCCCGCUGAGGUCCCUGCUGAUGCUGCUGCCGCUCCUGCCGCAGAAGAAGGUGCUCCCGCUGCUGACGCCGAGGCACCUGCUGAGGCUGAAGCUGCUGAAGCGCCUGCAGAAGCGCCUGUAGAAGAGGUUAGACCCGAAACACCUCCCCCUCCUCCAGAGCCCACAAGCAUCCCUCUGGAUCUGUUCAUUGAGGACAAGAAUGACACUUCAGUCACUAUCAUGUGGAGCCAGCCCGAGGUGAUCGGAGACUCUGGCCUGGACGGAUACACCAUUGAAGUCUGCAAGGAAGGAACUGAGGACUGGAAAGCUGUCAAUGAGGAUCUGCAGAAGUCCUGCCGCUACGUUAUCAAGAACCAGACCACCGGGGACCGUCUGAUGAUCCGUGUGGUGGCCCUGAACGCCGGCGGCCGCAGCCCCUCCCUCUCCCUCCCCGAGGCCGUGCUGGUGAAGGAGGUCGCUGAUCGUCCCAAGGUCCGCCUGCCGCGCUACCUCAGGCAGAGAUACGUCGCUCAAGUUGGAGAGAAGAUCAACCUGACCAUCCCCUUCUCGGGCAAACCCAAACCCGUGGUCUCCUGGACGAAAGACGGGCUACCCCUGGACACCAAGAGGGUGAUGAUCCGCAGCUCGGAGAGGGACAGCAUCCUGUUCAUCCGCGUGUCCGAGAGGGCCGACUCCGGUGUGUACGAGAUGUGUGUGAAGGUGGACGACUUCGAGGACAAGGCUCAGCUCAUCCUGCAGAUCGUUGAGCUGCCAGGCCCCCCCGCCAGUGUGAAGGUUGCAGAUACCUGGGGCUUCAAUGUUGCUCUGGAAUGGACCGCACCCACAGACAACGGAAACACAGACAUCACAGGCUACACCGUCCAGAAGUCUGACAAAAAGACCGGAGACUGGUUCACUGUCGUGGAUCAUUACCAUAGAGUGAAUGCCACCAUCUCUGACCUCAUCAUGGGCAACUCCUACAAUUUCAGAGUGUAUUCUGAAAACAAGUGUGGAAUUAGCGAGGAGGCUACAGUUGCGAAGGAGGAAGCCUCAAUCGUGAAGAUUGGUAUUGACUACAAACCUCCAGAGUACAAGGAGCGCGACUUCACCGAGCCGCCCAAGUUCACCACGGCUCUGAACGACAGAGCCACCACCGUCGGCUACAGCACCAAGCUGCUGUGCUCCGUCAGGGGGGUGCCAAGGCCCAAGGUUAUUUGGAUGAAGAACCAGAUGAUUAUUGGAGAAGACCCCAAGUACAGGCAGAUCUGCGUCCAGGGUAUCUGUUCUCUGGAGAUCCGUAAGCCUGGUAACUAUGACGGUGGCGUGUACACCUGCAAAGCCAAGAACACUCACGGAGAGGCCAUUGUCAGCUGCAAGCUGGAGGUCAAACAGAUCCCGGUUCCAGAUGCAGAGAAGCAAUAAGUCAACAUUCACAUUCUCACAGGAGCAGAAGGAAUGAGGCCUUUGCAGCAUAAGGAAGGUGCUGGAUUCCUGGAAGAACAUGUAUAUAUGGCCGGUGACCACACUAUCGAAGGGUUGUUGCCUGUGACCUCUUUCCGAGUGUUACCCUGGGUUAUGAUGAACAAUUGUGUCACUUUAUGCCUUUAUCGUUCUCUACAUUAUUAAGUCCACAUCCAUGUCCACAGUCUGCUUUUUCCCCAACGAUACUGUCUACGGUAACUAAAUGAUCUUCUUGUCAGUCUAACUAGGUGUACACCAAUACUUGUUAGGAGAACUACAUUUAACAUCUACGUGUUUAUAUCAAUAAAUAAUUUUAUUUCUGGUUUUGUUUUUUUUUCAAUACAGUGUGUUCUUUAAAUUGAAAUCUCCAUGAAAAGGGUAACGAUACAAC